CUGCGCCGGUCCCGGGCGCUCAGUGAUUUUCAGACGCUGCCGGUAACAGUGAUCUCAGGGGCAUCCUCAUGGCCCGACUCGCCUUCCUCGUCCUGCCGCUCCUGGCUGCCCUGUGCGCCGCCGACCCCGAGGUCUACUUCCAGGAGGACUUCAAUGACGGAGAUGGCUGGAAAGAACGCUGGUUGUUAUCAAAGCACAAGUCGGACUACGGGCAGUUCAAGCUCAGCGCCGGGAAGUUUUACGGUGAUGCAGAAAAAGACAAAGGUCUGCAGACCAGCCAGGACGCCCACUUCUAUGCCCUGUCUGCCAAGUUUGACAGCUUCUCCAACAAGGACAAAACACUAGUGAUCCAGUUCUCAGUGAAGCACGAGCAGAACAUUGACUGUGGAGGUGGAUAUGUGAAGCUUUUCCCCAGCAAGCUGGUCCAGACGGACAUGCACGGCGACUCGGAGUACAACAUCAUGUUUGGUCCUGAUAUCUGUGGACCACCAACAAAGAAAGUGCAUGUGAUCUUCAACUACAAGGGCAAGAACCUGCAGAUCAACAAGGACAUCCGUUGUAAGGAUGAUGUGUACACACAUCUGUACACCCUGAUUGUGCGCCCAGAUAACACCUAUGAGGUGAAGAUUGACAACAGCAAGGUGGAAUCUGGUAACUUAGAGGACGACUGGGACUUCCUUCCUGCCAAGAAGAUCAAAGACCCUGAGGCCAAGAAACCUGAUGACUGGGAUGAGCGUGCCAUGAUAGAUGACCCAGAAGACACUAAACCCGAGGACUGGGAGAAACCUGAGCAUAUCCCUGACCCGGAUGCUGUGAAGCCGGAAGACUGGGAUGAGGAGAUGGAUGGGGAAUGGGAGCCACCAGUAGUCCAGAACCCAGAGUACAAGGGAGAGUGGAAACCUCGUCAGAUUGAAAACCCUGACUUCAAAGGAAAGUGGGUACACCCAGAGAUCGAUAACCCGGAAUACACCCCAGAUCCCAACCUGUACUCUUUUCAGAACUUUGGCGUGAUAGGAUUGGACCUGUGGCAGGUGAAAUCUGGAACCAUCUUCGAUCAGUUCUUAAUUACGGACGAUGAGAAGUAUGCAGAGGAGGAGGCGAAUAAAACAUGGGGGGCCAGGAAGGAUGCAGAGAAAAAGAUGAAGGAACAGCAGGAUGAGGAAGAACGCAAGAAGCAGGAGGAGGAAGACAAGAAGAGGAAAGAGGAAGAGCCACAGGAAGAGGAAGCUGAUGCUGAGGAGGACGAGGAUGAUGAUGAUGACAAUGAUAAGGAGGAAGAGAAGGAAGAAGAGGAAGAUGAGGAUGACACACCUCAGAAAGAUGAGCUUUAAAGAUAACUGCUCUGUCUUCCCUCCCAGCACUCUCCCCUUCCCUUGGGCGUUCAUGUCUUUGAUAGGAGAGGGGAAAUGGGAUCGUUCUGUCUCUAUGAGACUCUAAAUUUAUAUAUAUUUUUUACAGUUUUUGUUUUUACCCUUUAUUGGAAGAUGGCCCGUCAAUCUUCCCUAUCUCCCUCCCCAUCUCCUCUCUCCUGGACCCCUCUUGUCUUCAGUCACAUCCCCCUCUACGCCUCUUGUCCUGCUCCCAUGCCAGUCUCCAGCGCAGUAAAUCUGUCCCUACUGCAGUACUUAGGACCAUGGCCCAUAAAAACCACUUCCUUUCCUGUCCCUACCCUGAAGGACUUGUGAGGUGCACUGACCAGUCACAGCUCCUAAUGAGCUUUGCCAAACGCCUCGCCUCCCGUUAACAUUGCAGUAUCCAAUUGAUUCAGUGUUCCAGCCAUCUGGCUGAAGUAGUUAAUUGGACUUUAGUCUAAAGCAUUAAAGGUGGCUUUCCUUGGUGGAAUCUUCACAGCCAUAAAGCAUUUAAAGUGAGCCUGAAGCCUCGUGGGCAAUACAGCCAGUCAGUUCACUGGAAACUUCACUGAGGCAUGAGGCACCAUUUUUCAUACCUCAGUGAGGUAAUAGUUCUGUGAUCUGAACAAAAUUCAUCCUCCCUAAUAUUCUGCAGUAAGCUCCAACCUGGCUAGCUAGGUACAUGUGAGUAGGCAUCAAGUUGCCUCUCCUUGUUUGUAUGGUUCAAGCCACCCGGCGUCUAAACUAUGAUCAGAAUGCCAGCCCAAUCUGAAGGGCUUGUGCUCUAGCCGUAAUGUGAGUGCUGACACUUUAAUCCUGUUUUUUCCACCUACUAGACAUCUGACCACAAGUGUUACAUUAACAUGCCCCUCAAUGUGCCCUGUGAUGUAGUGACAUGGGUCCUGCAGCCCUCUUACAGUCCACCCUGCUUCAAGCCGUAUGCUUCUAAUUUAUAUUGAUGCAGGGCUCAUCGCCAGAAUGUAUGAAUGGGUUAUGUUUUGGAAUGUACAGAUGUCUGUUAAAUUUCUAAUUAAAAAAAACCUUGUGUCCAA